AUGGACAAAGAUUGCGACAUGGUUUAUAAAAAUAUUUCUGACCUUUACAAAUCCGAAGAAUUUAAGACAUACGAUAACUUUGUUUCAUUAGUUGCAAAAUGUGUAUGGCAGAUAAGAGAUAAAGAUAGAAGAGGUAAAAUAUGGAAUGAACAGAUAAAACCAGCAGCUUUUGAGUUAAAGAAAACCAUUGACGCCUUAGUUGUUCUAGCUGGUAAUGUUUCAAUGUAUAACGCAAAAACGAUGCCGCAAUGUUCAAAAUGUAAAGCAGCAAUAAGAAAAUAUAACUACUCAGUCAAAGAGAUAGAAAGAAUGCGAAACGACUAUGCAGACUUAAAGAAAGAAGCAGAAAAACCAGCAGAAAAUAAAAUGGAUAUGUUGACAUUUCUUAAUAAAAACUAUCCAACAGCAGAAGAUUUCCUUCUAUCUGAUGUCAAGAAGAAGUAUAAAGAAACCUUCGGCAUUGUUAAAACUUUUGAUAUCCUCAGCGAAGAAAUAGAAGCUACGAAAUUGUUUAGGAUUUCAAAUAUACAUCGUACAAUUCAUGUAAAACGCUUGUGA